AUGAGUGGACCCGCCGCGGGCGUCGCGCGCGAGAAGUCGGGCGGCGCGCGACGCGCGAAGGCGCUCUCGAGCGUCGACGCGAGCGCGAAGAAGAGACCGCGGAAGGGCGUCGUCGAGAAAUCGAAAUCGGGCGCGGCGCGUCGCGGCGCGACUCGCGGCAUCGCGGCGUCGCGCGACGGCGACGGCGACGACGACGUCAGAUCGUCGCAAUCUCGACGUCGCGACGGUCCCCGCGCCGGCGGCGGCGACGCGUCCUCCUCGGACGCGUCGUCCGCGCCGGAAUCGGACGCCUCGCCGGUCGGGCCGCUGUCGCACGCGGGCGCGUCGGGGACGAGCUCGGACGACGACGCCCUUCGCGGCGGCGACCGCGGCGGCGACCGCGGCGACCGCGCCCGCGCGCGACCGGCGGUCAUCAGCAGAACGCAUUCCUCCCCGUAUUCCAUCGCGGAGACGUUCGACCCGAGCGCGCACGAUCCCGCGGUGCUCGUCGCCGCGUGCGGCCGACCGCUCCGGCCAGAGGACGAGCGCCCCGUGCCGCUGCCCUCUCGAGGAGGGACGAGCUCCGCGGGCGCCACUCUCAGGGAGUGGCGCUGCGUCGAGUGCGCGCGCGUGAACGACGCGUCGCGGCGCGAUUGCGCGCGAUGCGGCGGUCUCGGAGAGAAGCGCAGCGGCGACGAAAAAAACCCGCCGCGCAAAAUAAAGCGCGCCGCCGACCCGUUCCCGCCCCUCGGCGCCGCCGCCGCGGUCGGCUCUGACGCGGACGACGAGCCCGCGCUCCUGCGCGUGCUUCUCCCUAACCUCACGGGUGCCGACGUGGGUGCCGACGUGGGUGCCGAGCGGCGCGGCGGCGACCGCGACCGCGACGACGCGUCCUGGGCCUCGCGGGUCGCGGCCGAGUACGAAACGGAUGAAUUCCCGCCGCCGCCGCCGCCGCCGCCGCCGCCGUGGGCGGACGCGUUCGCCGCCGAAUUCCCGCCGCCGCCGCCGCCGCCUGGGCCUCCUCCCCCGUCGCAGCCGCGACGCGUCGUCGAUGAAAACGACUAUAAGAUCGUGACGGAUACGUCACCGCCGUCGCGCCGCCGCCCCGAUGCGUCGUCGCCGCCGAACCGCGCCGACGCGCUCGAGGCGCUCACCGCCGCGCUCGCGGCGGCGGCCAACGCGGACCCAAUCAGCGACGGCCACGUGUCCAUUAAAAGCCACGUCGACGACGCCGCGGCCACGGCGUUGCGCCUCGCGCGCGAGGCCGCGUCCGACGCGUUCGAAGAACACCUCGCGCUCACGCGCGAAGACCUCGAGGACGUCGUCGAAGCCGUCGACGGCGCGAUGGACGCGAUGGAACGCAAGUUGGCGCGGUGA